GAAAACAAGAAAUUAAGUCAAGUCUACAAGAACUGCACACUGUACCUCAAUCAAACAAUUUUGAUCGUUGAAAUAUAAAAGCUUAUAUAAAAAUACACUAGCGAGGUCAGGAUCUGGAACACAUUUGGCCGAGUUAUGUGUCUAAGCACUAUAAAAGCUCGACAUUUUAAGCCCUUAGCACAUUCGAUAACCACCUUCAUCGACUUCAACAAAACAACCCCUACCACCAAAAUGUUCAAACUGUUCGUUCUCUGUGCUUUCUUGGCGGUGGCAUCCGCUGCCCCUGGUCUUGUGGGCCCCGCUAUCGCGUCUCCUUGGGGACACGGAGCUUGGGGCCAGGGAGCCUGGGGGGGUGGUCUGAUCGCCGCUGCCCCUGCUGUCGUCAGCGCACCUCUCGUCAGCGCACCCAUUGUCAAGCAAGCCGUUCCAGUUGCAACCUCAUAUGCUAACACUGUCAGAAUUGCUACCCCAGCAGUAGCGGUCGCCCACGCACCCGCCGUUGUCGCCGCCGCGCCUCUUGGACACGGCUGGUAAUCUAUCAACUGUCCAACUAUAGCUUGGCUUCGGUCAAGAUACGCAACAGUCAACGUAUUUAAAACAUAGUUUAUGAAAUUGGAUGAAGUUUCGAUGAAAUAAACUUAAAUUAUUUGUU